AUGGGUAGGUUUGGGUCGCAGACCAGUACCUACAAUAGACUGGUGGUUGUUUUCGUGGCCAUCGGGUCUAUGACCUACGGCUAUUGUUCAUCAAUCAUAUCCAGUACAAUCGGCCAGCCGGGAUGGUAUGCCUACUUCAACCUCCCGGCUGAUGGCGAGCCAGGAUACGCCACAAUUACCACCCCCGCGAUUUCGACUGCCAACGGUGUAUUCAGCGCUGGUGGUGCCGUUGGUACACUUUUCAUAAUGUGGUCGUGCGACUUCUUUGGCCGAAAGGCCAAUAUCCAAUUUGGCGCUUUCUUUUCGUUGUUUGGUGGAGCUCUCCAGGCGGGCUCCAACUCCUUGGCAAUGUUCCAAGCUGGACGCUUCAUCUGCGGUCUUGGCAUUGGUAUCCUCGUGACUGUGUGCCCCAUGUAUCUCUCUGAAAUGUCAAGCGCCUUGCGUCGCGGCUGGCUUGUCGGUCACCACGCCAUCUUCUUGGUGUUUGGAUACAUGCUCGCAGGAUGGGUUGGAUUUGCUUGUUACUACGCAACAGGUCCCUUGUCUGGAUUUGGCUGGAGAUUCCCCCUGGCUCUCCAAUGUCUACCAGCUCUGGUGCUGCUUCUGGGCUCUCCUUGGCUACCGCGCUCGCCCAGGUGGCUGAUUUCGAAAGGCAAAUUUGAUGAGGCCCAAUUCGUUAUUGAGAAGCUUCGCGAGUCACCCGAUGACCCCGACAACUUGGUCGCCAAGGAGGAGUUCUUCCAGACCAAAGAGCAAAUUCGACUUGAGGCUGAAAGGUUGGCGGCUUAUGGAAGUGUGUGGAAGGCGGUUUUCAAGAAGAAGACAUACAGAAAGCGUAUGGCCAUUGGCUUCCUUACCCAGUGGGGUGCUGAAUUCGGUGGGCCACUCAUCAUUAACAACUACGCUGUGCUCCUCUAUACAAACUUGGGCAUGGAGGGUAGUAUGCCUUUGCUCUUGAGUGCUGUUUGGCUGACAACCGCUGGUGUGAUCUACAAUCCUUUGGGUGCCUGGCUGCACGAUAAGGUCAACUCUCGGCGCGGGAUGUACAUGACAGGCUUCGUGGGAAUCAUUGUCUCUACAUCAUGCCUGGCGGCAAUGACCGCCCAAUACUCAGGUACCACGAACAAGGUCGGGAAUGGAUUCGGUAUCUUCUUUAUGUACCUGUACCUGGCCUUCCAAGGUACAUGCUGCGACACAACAAUGUACCUCUAUGUGUCGGAGAUCUUCCCAACCGAGAUCCGCCCAAUUGGAAUGGGCUUCUCUCUAUUUGGUCAAUUUGCUGCCACCCUCAUUCUCCUCCAAACUGCCCCAAUGGGCUUCGGUAAUGUUGGCUGGAAAUACUAUCUUGUCAUUAUUUGCUGGUCCGCGUUUUUUAUUCCAGUUAUAUACUUCUUCUUCCCCGAGACGGCUCGUCUCACUCUGGAGGAAAUCGCUCAGAACUUCGGCGAUGAAGUGGCGGUGCACCUCACUGAUGCCACCGAUGAAGAGAAGGCCCAACUCGACCAUCAGCUCGUUGAGCCAGCCACGGGCAUGAAAAUUGCUACAAGCUCGGACUCGGCUAGAGGCGUGGUCGAUGACAGUGAAGCGUCCCCUGUGUCCCCUGUUAGCGGUGAUAAUGCGCCCAAGACAGAAUGA